AGUUUCUCCGCUCGGUUCAACAUGGACUCUCUGAAUUUUCUGCUUUUUCUUGCAGUCAGCGCCUCCACAGUGAAAGUUUCUUUUCAAGGGGCUAACCAGCGCAGACUGUAUGCAGACCUGAUGCGUGACUACAAUCCACUGGUGAGACCGGUUAAAAAUGACUCCCAGAGUCUCACUGUUAACUUCGGCCUCACCCUCAUGCAGAUCAUGGAUGUGGAUGAGAAGAACCAGAUUUUGACAACCAACAUUUGGCUUCAUCUGUACUGGGAUGAUUGUUACCUCCAGUGGAAUACAUCAGAGUAUCCAGGUGUGACCAGUGUGAGAUUUCCUGACCAUCUCAUUUGGAAGCCAGACAUUCUGCUGUAUAACAGUGCUGAUGAAAGAUUUGAUGCCACUUUCCACACCAACAUUUUGGUCAACCAUUCAGGCGGCUGUUCCUACUUACCUCCAGGGAUCUUCAAGAGCACCUGCCACAUCGACGUGCGCUGGUUCCCCUUUGAUGUCCAGAGAUGCGACCUGAAGUUUGGCUCCUGGACAUACGGAGGCUGGUCUCUGGACUUGAAGAUGGUGGAGGCGGAUAUCAGCAGCUACAUCGCCAACGGAGAGUGGGAUCUUGUCGAGGUUCCAGGGCAGAAAAACGAUCGUUAUUAUGACUGCUGCAUGGAGCCGUACCCUGAUGUCACAUUCACUGUCGUGAUGCGGAGACGGACCCUCUACUACGGCCUCAACCUGCUCAUCCCGUGUGUCCUGAUCUCCACUUUGGCCCUGCUCGUCUUCCUUCUGCCUGCUGACUCUGGAGAGAAGAUCUCACUGGGCAUUACAGUCCUGCUCUCCCUGACGGUCUUUAUGCUGCUGGUUGCAGAGAUUAUGCCCGCCACAUCGGACUCGGUGCCUUUAAUAGCUGAGUACUUUGCCACUACCAUGGUCAUCGUCGGUCUCUCGGUAAUUGCUACAGUUCUCGUCUUACAAUAUCACCAUCACGACCCUGACGGAGGCAAGAUGCCGAAGUGGACCCGUGUGAUCCUGCUGAACUGGUGUGCGUGGUUCCUGCGCAUGAAGCGCCCAGGUGAGGAGCGGGUACGUUCAGCCUGUCACAACAAGGCUCCACGAAACAGCCUGACCAGCAUGGACCUCAACGCCAGCGCCUCAGCCUCCCAAUCCACCAACGGCAACAUGCUUUAUGUUGGCGUCCGUGGCCUGGAGAGCCUCCACUACUCCACAGCCGCCACCUCGCCCGACUCCGGGGUCCUCUGUGGACGGCUGGUUACACGAGCAGGUGAAGAAGAGAUGCUCCUUCCCGCAGCUCAGAGUGCUUCGGUGAGCAGCGUGGAACCAGAGCUGGCCAAAAUCCUGGACGAGGUGCGCUACAUUGCCAAACGCUUCCGUGACCAAGACGAGGACGAGUCGGUGUGCAAUGAGUGGAAAUUUGCUGCGUCUGUUAUUGACAGGCUUUGUCUCAUGGCGUUCUCACUCUUCACCAUCCUCUGCACCAUCGGGAUCCUCAUGUCAGCACCCAACUUUGUCGAGGCCAUUUCCAAAGACUUUUUCACUUAAGGACUUAAGUAGGAAAACAAAAAUUAAAAGCAUAUACCAAUCUCUCUUAUCACAGAGUACCCAUUUGUUAACCAUGGGGCGGUAAUUUGGAUACAGUUAAGUCUGUUUUAUCGCCAAAUCUUCAACUAUACAUGAAAAAAAGUCAAAUUGAGGACAUGUACAGUAAUUCCGGUAAAGUGUAUGGAAUACAUAAAUAGUUCACAGGUCCAGUGUGUAGGAUUUAGUUCACACUGGAGAAGUUUAAGAUCUGCAACCUCACAGCUAGAUGCCGCUAAAUCCUACACACUGGACCUUUAUAGAAACACUCAGUAUGUUUACAUGAUGUUAGAAAAAGUCAAAUUAUUGUGUUAGACCCAGAAGUCAAACAGCAAAAAUUCAGAGAAGAAAGCCGGGAAAAACAAAAGAAGAAAAAAAAGGAAGAAAACGAAACAAGACAAAGGUAUCGAGAAAAAGUAGUAGAGUACGUACAAACUUUACAGCAUCGAAAGGUUAUCCAUGUUUUUUUACUGUUCGACAUGCAACCUGUUUGCUGCUUUCUAACUUUUUUGGUUUGUGAUGUAAUAGGUCGAACUAGAAGAAGGUCCAACAGCAGCUAUCUGUAAGGGGGCGUAUCAUCACCUACCGUGGCAGAGCUGACAUACUUCUGUCAGUAAAUCAUUUCUCCCUCAGUGUUUGUUUCCUGGAACAGGGACAGUAUGAAUGGCCUAACUGAGCAAUAACCAAACUGUGCAUGUAAACAUACUGAGUGUGCAAGAUGUAGGGGGAAUUAGUGACAUCUAGUGAUGAGGAUUACAGAU